AUGGCGUCCGCUGGCGGGGGGAAUAUCAAGGUCGUCGUACGAGUCCGGCCCUUCAACUCGCGCGAGACCGAUCGCAAUGCAAAAUGUAUCGUGUCGAUGCAAGAUUCCCAGACUGUCUUGACCCCUCCGCAGCCUGACGGGAAGAGCAAGCCGGUCAAGGCAGCCCUCGAAGGCUCCAAGACGUUCGCAUUCGACAAGUCCUACUGGUCCUUCAAUCGUAAGGACUCGCAUUUUGCCGGCCAGGAGAAUGUCUUCUCAGAUCUUGGCAAGCCGUUACUGGAUAAUGCGUUCCAGGGGUACAACAACUGUAUCUUUGCGUAUGGCCAGACGGGUUCUGGAAAGAGUUAUAGUAUGAUGGGAUAUGGUGAAGAGGAAGGCGUCAUCCCGCGCAUUUGCAGAGACAUGUACCAGCGAAUAGAAGGCAUGCAGGAGAAGGACAAGAACGUCAGUGCCACAGUGGAGGUUUCAUACUUGGAAAUCUACAACGAACGCGUGCGCGACCUCCUGAACCCCAGCAACAAGGGCAAUCUCAAGGUCAGAGAGCAUCCGUCUACGGGACCGUACGUCGAAGACCUCGCCAAGCUAGUCGUUCGCAAUUUCAGCGAGAUCGAGCAUCUCAUGGACGAGGGAAACAAGGCGCGAACCGUUGCUGCUACGAACAUGAACGAGACUUCCUCACGAUCUCACGCCGUUUUCACGCUGACUCUGACCCAAAAGAGGCACGAUGUGGAGACCAAUAUGGAUACCGAGAAGGUCGCCAAGAUCAGUCUGGUCGAUUUGGCUGGUUCUGAACGUGCUACCAGCACUGGUGCAACGGGAGCCAGGUUGAAAGAAGGAGCCGAGAUUAAUCGCUCUCUUUCCACAUUAGGUCGUGUCAUUGCAGCCCUUGCGGAUAUGACUUCUGCCAAAGCGAAGUCGAAAGGAGCUCAGGUGCCUUACCGAGACUCUGUCUUGACUUGGCUGUUGAAAGACAGUCUGGGCGGAAACAGUCUCACUGCCAUGAUUGCAGCCAUUUCGCCUGCAGACAUCAACUUCGAAGAGACGCUUUCUACUCUACGAUAUGCAGACUCCGCGAAGCGCAUCAAGAACCACGCCGUUGUGAACGAAGAUCCAAAUGCUCGCAUGAUUCGCGAGCUCAAAGAAGAAUUGUCGCAGCUGCGAUCCAAACUGUCCUCGGGUGGUACCGUCGCAGAAGAGCAAUAUAGUGCAGACACGCCUUUGGAGAAACAGAUUGUAAGCUUCACGCAAGCUGAUGGAACCGUGAAAAAGGUGUCUAAAGCGGAAAUUCAAGAUCAGCUAUCACAGUCCGAGAAGCUCUACAAGGACCUCAAUCAGACUUGGGAGGAGAAGCUGACGAUGACUGAGCAAAUCCACAAGGAACGCGAAGCCGCUCUCGAGGAACUUGGUAUCAGCAUCGAAAAGGGCAACGUUGGGCUAACUACCCCCAAGAAGAUGCCUCACUUGGUCAAUCUAAGCGACGACCCGCUGCUCGCUGAAUGCCUUGUGUACAACUUGAAGCCUGGAACAACAACCGUGGGAAACGUUGAGACGAACGCCGCCAACGAAGGCGAGGAACCCAAUGGCCAGACAGCGGUCGACAUCCGGCUCAAUGGAUCAAAGAUUUUACAUGACCACUGCACAUUCGAAAACGUGGACGGGGCGGUGACUGUAGUACCUAAAGACGGCGCUGCUAUCAUGGUUAAUGGCAUAAGAAUUGAAGCUCCCAAACGCCUACGGCCUGGCUAUCGCGUCAUCUUGGGCGACUUUCACAUCUUUCGGUUCAACCAUCCCCAGGAAGCCCGCGAGGAGCGUGCAGAGCAAGGCAGUUUGCUCAAAUACUCGGUCACAGCGGAUCAGCUCGAUUCACCUUCCCGACACCUGAGUCACGAGCGCACUUCUAGCAGCGUCAGCAGGGCUCUAUCUGAAGUUGAUGACGAUGUGGGCAGCCCAAGCAGGGAAUCGCCAGCUCCGUGGAGGACUUCCGGCCGCGAUAAUGACUGGGCUUUUGCUCGGCGAGAAGCCAUCUCAUCGGCGCUUGGACCGGACCAGAAGAUGUCAGAUCUGACAGACGACCAGCUGGAGGUUCUCUUCGAGGACCUGCAGAGGGUCCGCGCUGUGCGCAAAACUAGGCCAGAGAGCAGGAUUUUCGAUAUGAACGGGGCCGACACUGAUACAGAAUCUGUGAUCUCACAUCCUACUCGGGACAAAUACCUCAGCAAUGGUACAUUGGACAAUUUCAGCCUUGACACUGCUUUGACAAUACCAUCGACUCCUCGGCAAUCUGAGGAGGACGAAAGAAUGAAACAGGCGCGGGAAGAGAAGCAAGAGCAACUCGAGAAGCAAAAGGAGGAGUAUCAACAGAAGCUGCAAGCUGCCGAAGAAGGGAACGUCGAGAUCGAAGAACUACGUUCUGAAAAGGUGAAGAUGGAAGCCGAUCUCCAGGAAAUGAAGGAGCAGCUGCAGAAGCAACUUACCGAGCAAAAGGCUGAAUUCCACCGUCAACUAGCGGUAUUGAGAGGCCCUUCCAAACCGAGGAGAAAAAGCCACGGCAAACUAGGGCUCACUGAACGCGAAGCCUACCUCGCCACGUAUGUCUUUGACCACUGGAGACGUCAUCGCUAUGUUGCCAUGGCUGCCGCAGUCUUGAAGAAUGCUUCAACCCUAAAGGAGGCGCAGGUAAUGAGCCAACAGAUGGAGCGCAGUGUCGUUUUUCAAUUCACCGUUGUCGACGUUGGCCACACUCUUGCGUCGUCCUAUGAUCUGGUAUUGAAUGGCGUCUCUGCCGAAGAGAUCAACGACCCGGACUUGGAAGAAUGCCUCAAGCCGUGCAUUGGCGUGAGAGUCGUGGACUUCGCAUGCAACGUCAUCCAUCUUUGGUCCAUCGAGAAACUCCACAAACGCGUCAAGGCCAUGCGACAGAUGCUACAAUACUUGGAUCGUCCUGAGUACAUGCAGCACUUCAACAUCGGCAACCCUUUCGAGGAGGAGUGUAUGCCAGAGUACACCCGCGUGGGUGACGCCGACAUUCCCCUAGCAGCUGUGUUUGAGUGCCGGGUUCAAGAUUUCACAUUGGACGUCUACUCUCCUUAUACCUGCAGCAUCAUCGGUGUGGUACAUCUCUCCCUGGAGCCGAGCUCGGCAGAGGCUCCGAGUAGCACUCUCAAGUUCAAUGUCGUCAUGCACGACCUCGUUGGUUUUGCUGAGAGAGAAGGUACAAACGUACACGCUCAGCUCUUCAUCCCUGGAGUGUCUGAAGAGGGCGGCGCUACCACCACCUCGUUGCUAAGUGGCUUCGGCGAGGGCGCCGUGCGCUUCGAGAGCGUGCACAGCAUGAGUUUGCCACUGUCCGCUCCGCGAGAGGCUACGCUCCGGGUCAGUAUUUUCGCACAGGUGACGUCUAUGCACCUUGACAAGCUGCUCAGCUGGGAUGAUAUGCGCGAUGCGUCUAAAUCUGCCAAUGUACGGCCGCGAAAUAAGCGCCAGCGUUCGCGUAUUCCCGAACACGAAUACUACACGGACGAGAGGCACGAUGUAUUUGCCCGGGUGCAAGUACUAGAAAUCGAUGAGGAGGGAAAAUACCAACCCGUAGAGGUUGUCCAAAAUGACACUCUGGACCAAGGGGCGUACCAGUUACACCAGGGCCUGCAAAGACGCGUGGUACUGAGCUUGACCCACAGUGCCGGAGGAAGCCUUCCGUGGAAAGACGUGGACAGAUUACAUGCUGGUUUCGUGCGCUUGAUCGACAGCACCGGAAAGGUGUCUGAUGCUGACAGCAACCAGCCUUACGUUCCCUUGAGCCUCGUGUCCCCGCCCGUCAUCCGCAACAAUUCUGAUGGUACCGUCAGUGUUAAACUGACAGCUAAUUGGGAUUCAAGCGCACAUAGUUCUCUGUUGCUGGAUCGGCCGACCCUGGACAAGUAUCGUGUCCAGCUUACCCUCAGAUGGCAGGUGCAUUCGCCCCGGGUGGCCUCGCCGAUGAAAUUCAGUUUCGAUGUGUUCGUCCAAACACGACCUCGCACUUGGUUCCGCCAGAAUUCCAUACUUGGCCAGCUCUUCUACAAUCAACGAGUAGUACAUUCUACUGCGUGCAACUACGCUGUUGUUCUCAAGCCGAGCGCAGCCAAACGAGUAGGUGAUCUAUGGCGCAUGGACACGACAGGCGAAUACAUCUCGGGCGAAGAAGCGCUCUCAAGCUGGGCCCCCCGGAGUGUUUCAUUAAUCCGGGACUUCAUGAAUCUGCGCAAGCGACAGACGCGAGUGGCCGAGAUUGAAGCGGCAAGAGGCGUCCUGGGUUUCGGCGCGCUGUCUCCGCCUGUGAGAGCACAGCGGCCAAAUGGUGAAGGUCUCUCAGACAAGCAAACACAGCUGGCCCAGAAGAUACUUGACCUAUGGCACACGGGACCGUCCGCCAGCGAGAUCAUGCUACUGCGCUCCAAUACCGACUCGCCUGAGCAAGGCGCUGCGUUCGCCAACAGGCAGGCCAACGGUGACGACGAGCCGGCUCCCCUAGCGGCGGCAGUUGAAUGGAACCCGAAGUCACCAACCCUCUUAAAGGCCGGCUGGCUGUUAUGUCCCGACGCUGCUGGUACCCAUUGGAUACGGACUUACGUCGAGCUGAGGCGACCGUACCUGCACCUGUACAGCAAGGAAGGAGAUGAAGUCAAUGCCAUCAACCUGACAAACUCUCGCAUUGACGCGGAGCCCAAAGUCGCAAACCUACUCCAAAGACCGAAUGUGAGAAUGGAGGUGUGGGCGGUGUACUCCAGCAAGGCGUGGUUGUUUGCGUGCAGAAACGACAAAGAACGUGGUGAAUGGAUCUGGGCUGUGGACCGGUCCUAUGUGAGCAGUGGCGGACGGUCGCCAGAAGAAGACGAGUCUCCUUGA